AUGGUUGGGCAUCGCCUUACUUGGUCACUUUACGCUUUGUUGCUGGGGACUGUUGCAGCCAAUUUCAGCAGCAACGCCUCCUUCCUGGAUAUCCAUGGGAAGAUCAACAACUUCACUGUUUGGAAUGGCAGCCUGCUCUGGUGCAUAGAGACUCACUGCUAUCAGCCCAAGUCUCUUCUGCUGGACUUCAAUAGCAGCCUGGAAGGUUGCAAGUAUCGGCUAACAGGAUCGCUGGUGGACAGCACCACGCCAAAGCCGUCUGUGACAAAGCUUGACCUCUCCAGUUUGAAGCUGCCUGCGCACAUUGGACCACUGGUGUUCCGUGAUGGUUUGUUGGCACAGCCCGUGAAUCCCAUUGGCCAUGCUGGACAUUCUGUCCCACAUAUGGUAGUCCGAAGACUGCCAGAGGUGCCAGAAUUGCUUGCCAAGUUUAACGGGCCGCUGCAGCGGCUGCAACUUCGGAGCUUGUCGCAGCUAGCAAAAGAGGCUCACAUGGCCACGGCUGGUACGGCCCUGGAUGAACUGGUGGCCGAGGCCGAGACGCCAACGCCAGUGGGCGAAGAUGAAGGAUUAUCUUUUCCUGUGCCACUUCAAGCAGACGGCAAUGUCGUCAUCGCCCUAAAUUGGACCAAUGCCACUGAGCCCUGUGUGGCCGUGGUAGCACGACCAGAGGAUUGCAACACCUGCUCCUUUGGGCUGGACAGUUGCCGUGCCAAGUCGCACUUGCACGGGCCAGAUCAGGAGACCCUUUUGAUGUAUGAGCUUCCACGUCAGCCCUUCAUGCUCACAAACGACUUGAACGAGAGGCAUGAGCACUCAGUUUGCAUCCGGGAACUUCAAAACGGCACGGUGCCAGUUUUCCGGCUGCUGGGACGAAUCUCAUACUACAGGAAGCCACAAGUUAGCUUCAUCAAGAACAUUCUCAUCAUUGGAGUGCGCACCUUCAUCAACCCAGGAUGGAACCAGGAAAUCGUUCUCCAGUGCACCAAUUGCUCAGCUGCUAGCCAGGUGGUGGUUCAGCCCAUCACCUACGACUCGCGCUGCCGCAGCGUCACUCAACAGAUGAUGGCCGCACUGGCUGUGGCCAAUCGCCAUCAAGAGAUGCCAUCCUCUGUGGAUACUUCUGAGUUGCGCAACAGCCAGAUGGAGGAAGCUGCUCAGCAUGGCACCAUGGCGGGGAUCAACUGUCCAGUGCCAUCUUCGAGCCCUUGUGCUGGAUAUGCCGAUGGCGCCUUCGCCGUGGGUUUCCGCAAGUCGACCGACUACGAUGACCAGUAUGCGACAUUUUUGUUGGAAAGCUCUCGGAGGCUUUCGGGCCAUGAGAAACAGAUCUUCUUCCACCACAGAAGUGCAAUAUGUUUGUAUCCAGGAGGUCCAGCAGCUCAUGGCUGGUUGGUGGGAUUUGCUGUUGUGCACAUGAAUGUGUUGGACAUGCAGGCCCUGCAGAGGGUUCAGCUGGGGCCUGGUGUUUUCAAACAUGUUGCGGUUUUUCCUGUGACGUUUGUGAAGAGUCACCAAGCCGUCCUGCAGGUUGGUUCGGAACAUGCAGUGUCAUGA